CUGAGCGGCCUCUCGGGAGCGGCAGGAAAAGACCGGGAGUUAUAUGCCUCUUUUUCUUCGUAUGUUGCCUGCCGCAAAUAAAGGGAAAUACCUGGCCACAAGAUAGGACACAGAAACACACGGCAAAUGUCCGUAAUGAAGGAACACCGUGACCACUAAGACCAGACGAGCUGCUUCCUACGCUGAAACAGAACACCAAAAUGGAUAUUAGGUGUGCUGCACUUUCCCUUCCCAUGCUGAGGACUAUAAUGGUGCUGCUUAUGGCUUCUUCCGCUUGGUCAGUCUGGCCUAGCGAUCCAAUGGAAGUUGUUCAGGACUGGGACAAUCAGCUAGAGGCCUCCAUGCAUUCGCUGUUCCCUGAAAUUAAAGAGGCAGUGGCACCAAUGACAGGAAUUCCAGACAGUUCUGCUGUGGUUGGCAGGCCCUUUAAAAUCCACAUCCCCACAGAAUUUCUCGCUUCCAGUGGAGAAACAAUCAAGAUUUUUGAAGUUGGAAAGGAGAUUUUGCCAUCUUGGUUACACUGGGAAGCUAAUUUUUUGCAAGGUCUUCCCCUUGAUGGUGACAAAGGGGUCUAUGACAUUUCUGUAGCCUCCAUGCGCCUGGCACCAAAUGGAAGUUAUGUAACCCAAACCGCAGAUGUUUUCGCUGUAGAGGUUCAUCCUGAGGACCACAAUGAGCCUCAAUCUGUGCGAGUGGCAGGACAGGAAACCGCUGAAGCAACUCCUUUUCUAUGUGGCACCGAUGAGCCAGUAACAAUUCUGACUGUAAUUUUGGAUGCGGACUUGACAAAAAUGACACCAAAGCAGAGAGUAGAUCUUCUAAACAGAAUGAGGGACUUCUCUGAGGUAGAACUUUAUCAUAUGAAAUUAGUCCCAGUUGUAAACAACAGACUGUUUGAUAUGUCUGCCUUCAUGGCUGGGCCAGGAAAUGCAAAAAAAGUAGUUGAAAAUGGAGCCUUGCUAUCAUGGAAGCUUGGGUGUGGAAUGGAUCAGAACACUGUUCCAAACAUCAGUUCUGUAGAGGUUCCUGCUAAAGAAGGCACAAUGUCUGCCCAGCUUGGUUAUCCUGUUGUAGGCUGGCACAUUGCAAAUAAAAAACCCCAAAUGCCUAAGCGAAUUAGAAGGCAAAUAUAUGCCACACCAACGCCUGUUACUGCCAUUGGACCACCUACUACAGCCAUUCAUGAGCCUCCAGAAAGAAUUGUGCCAACUCCCACUUCUCCUGCAAUUGCUCCUCCAACCGACACAACAGCUCCUCCAGUUCGAGAACCUAUACCUCUUCCAGGAAAACCAACAGUUACAAUAAGAACAAGGGGUGCUAUUAUUCACACUCCCACUCUUGGUCCAAUCCACCCAACUAGGAUAAUAGAAACUACUAGCAUAGUUCGCCCAACUAUCACCAGGCACAUUUUUGUAGAACCAACUGCUGCAGUUACACCUCCUUCUACCACUACAAAGAGGCCAAGAACCACAAUGAAGCCGCCCACACCACCAACUACCGAUUCUUCUACCACAACAACAAAGAAACCCACCAAAAAACCAAGGCCCAGACCCCCCAAGCCUCUUGCUACUACCAAAGCACCGUCCACAAAAGUUGAGACUACAUCGCCAAGCCGUACACGUCCUUCUACCAGUGGAGUACCCAACACUGACCCUGAACUUAAAAAUCAUAUUGAUAAGGUUGUUGCAUGGGUGGGUACCUAUUUUGAAGUUAAAAUUCCCCCUGACACAUUUUAUGAUAAAGAAGAUGGCACCACUGAUAAUCUCCAGCUCUCUUUGGCGCCAAGACAAAAGGCUGGCCUUGGAGAGAAGAUGUGGGUAAUGCUCAAUAGCACUAGCCAGGUUAUGUAUGGAAUGCCUGACUAUACACACAUUGGAGACCAUGAGUAUUACUUGAGAGCUGCAGACAAAGCAGGACGCACUGCGGUGGAUGCUUUAGAAAUCCAAGUCCGUAAUCUGUUCCAAAAACAACCAUCCACUGUUAAAUUUCAUGCAAAGUUCCACGGGGAUCACAAUGCUGUCAUUAAUGACAUUAAUAAGAAAAUUCUGCUAGUCAAAAAGUUGGCUUUUGCUUUUGGUGAUAGAAACAGUAGUUCUAUUACUUUGCAUAAUAUCACCAAAGGUUCUGUGGUCGUGGACUGGACAAACAAUACUUUCCCUGUAGAACCGUGUCCAGUAGAGCAAGUAGAAGGUGUCGGCAAAAAGAUCUACGAUGAACGUGGCAGUCCUCGGCAACAUUUUGUUAACGCAGUGGAGCCGGAAUUUAAACUUUUAAAUAUUUCUUUAUCGUUCUCGGGGAGCUGUAAGCAUAAAAAAUUCAGGUACAUACCUAUGAGAGCAGAGGAACCCAUACCCACUGCAGUGGCACCAACCGUAGCUGUAGACAGAAACCUGGAGAAGAGAAGUGAGGAUGAUGUCUACCUUCACACUGUUAUUCCUGCGGUGGUGGUGGCUGCCAUUUUGUUAAUUGCUGGCAUCAUUGCUAUGAUUUGUUACCGGAAGAAGAGGAAAGGCAAACUGACAAUAGAGGAUCAGGCAACUUUUAUUAAGAAGGGUGUUCCAAUUAUUUUUGCUGAUGAAUUAGAUGACUCCAAGCCUCCUCCUUCUUCCAGUAUGCCACUGAUUCUAAAGGAGGAAAAAGCUCCCCUUCCUCCUCCUGAGUAUCCUAAUCAGAAUGUUCCAGAGACAAUCCCCCUGAACCAAGACAGCUUGGGGGAGUACACACCUCUUAGGGAUGAGGACCCCAAUGCACCCCCUUAUCAACCUCCCCCACCCUUCACAGCACCUAUGGAAGGUAAAGGGUCACGCCCCAAAAACAUGACCCCAUACCGGUCACCACCCCCUUAUGUACCUCCUUAACGAACAGUGUGCUGAGUGAGAGGAGAAAGGGGGCUGUGAGUUCCAAACCAGUGUUGUCCGAAGAGAUUGAUAGCCUGCAAUCUGCUGUCGGGAUAACAGGAAAACUCUGCUGUUCUAGGCAAAGAGUAAAGACCUGGAGACUUUUUAUAGUAACUCCACAUUAUACAUGCCUCCUUCACAGAUUGUGGAAAAUAUGGGACAUAUGUCAUUUGCCUAACGAUUUUUUUCGUAUUGGUAUUCAUACAGAUGUGUGCUCCGUUCUAGAUAUUUAACAGAUUGCAGGCUUUAAAGACACUAAAGAGGAAAGUGAUUGGACGAUAUGUUCAGCACUGGGGUGGCCUUUUGUUUCUCUGCUGUUUGCCUUUAACACUAACUGUAUUAUUAUUAUUUUUUUUUCCUUUUAUUUACGUGUGUCUAGAGCUUCAGGUCAUAACAAAAUGGUAUGACGAAAGGUAUCUUGGAAACGGAACAUCAGAAUUUUUACAUUUUUACAUUUACUCCUGUCUUCUUUCUAUAUAAAGGACAGCUAUCUAUACUUAAAAA